UGUUCCAUUGGCCAUACAAAUUUGAAUUGAUUUCUCUGUUAAAUUGGAUUUUCUUCGACAAUUUACUCUAAAAAUGGAGAAAAAGAAAGUGUCUUCGGAAAGCUGCUGAGGAAAAUUCUCGAAUUUUUUUUCCAGAAUUGAUUAGCUCGUUGCAUGUCAUUUCAGAGAAAAUUAUUCAUGCAAAAUUUAAUCCUUUCGAUCCUCGGAGUUUGAAUUCUUCUUGAAAAGAAAAACAUCUGGGUUUUGGUGCAUGCUCUUAUUCAAGAUGGCGAAUCAAGGGGCUAGCGGCGAUUUUGCCAGAUUUCUGGCACCAGAAGACAAGGAAACUACCAACAUCGCUGGCACGGCCUCAGCCGCCGCAUCUCCUCAUGUUCCCCACUACCAAAUGCAACAACAAGAACAACCGAAUUAUCUAUUAUGUGGGCUGCAGCCACGGCCUCCACCACCGCCGCCGAUGUUUUCCGAGUACAGCCAGUCUGGAGAGAGGUCAGCGAUGGUGACGGCGUUGACGCAUGUCAUAUCUGGGCGGAGAUACGGUGGAGAUUCUGGGAAUAUUUAUUCGUCUAAUUUGCCUUCAUUUUCUGGCCAUAAGAGAAGACGUGAUGCAGAAGAUAUUGUUCCAGAACAGUUUCACAGUGUUCAUCGAGGCUUCGGAGAAUCAUCUUCUUCUAUCAAAUCUGAGCCAGAUGCAAGAACUACUAUAACAAGACCUACAGCCACCGCCACCUACAACACCUCCGCUUCCGCCACUUUCACGGCUGAGCAAAUUUCACAAACUAAAGUCUCUGGUGGUUCCCAUGAAGAAACAGGAGAGACAAGAAGAAGGUACAGAGGAGUUAGACAGAGGCCAUGGGGAAAGUGGGCUGCAGAAAUAAGGGAUCCACACAAAGCCGCCAGAGUCUGGUUAGGAACAUUUGAGACGGCGGAGGCCGCCGCCAGAGCGUAUGAUGAAGCCGCCCUGAGAUUCAGAGGCAACAGAGCAAAACUCAAUUUCCCUGAAAAUGUGAUAAACUUGCCGCCUCCCCAUUUCUCACAAUCCACACAGGCCGCCAAUUCUAUCACCCCAUCACCACCUAUCACCGUCCCACCUCCGCCACUGACGGCGGCAGUUCCUUCAACAUUCGUGCAAUCACAGCUUUCCCAAAUCCCUGAUAACACUUUCAUGGAUUAUUGGCAAUACUCACAGCUACUUCAAAGCAGAGGUGAUUUCCCCAUGAAUUUGUUGGAUCAGAUGUUUUAUGCCUCUUCUGCAUCAUCUUCCGGUGGACAAUCAGUAACUUUCCGCCCCCAAGGAAAUCAAUCGACCGGAUAUAACACAAGUUUUCCUGCACCAACAUGGGCCAGUUCUAGCCAAUAUCCUCCUCCCUCCUCUUCUUGAAUUUCUUUUUAAUAAAAAAUAUAUACAAAAAUUAAUGUCCAUUUUCAUGCCUUCGUACUCGCCUUUAGGUAAUUUAGUAAUUUAGGUACUUGGCUCUAGUUUUGUAUCCAUAGAUAUUAUGUUACUGGUCAAUA